UGUCAGUAGUGCGCCAAAAUCCUCAGCCAUGGCCGAUUCGAACCACAUCAACAACCUUCCAGAUGGACUUUUGCUGGAAAUUUUUACCUACCUUCCUCUGAUCGAUCGCAAAACGGCCUCACAGGUGUGUCGCCUUUGGGACCAGGAAGCUUUCUCGGCACGCUUGAUGACAAGCGUCCGGCUACGGAUAUCCUGCACCAUGUUGAACAGCAAGGCACGAAGUUUGGAAUUGCUACGGAAUAGCUCGCGACCGUAUCGAAACAUAAUGAUCACUCUCUGUGGCAGUGGUGCUUGCAACGAUAUUCAGUACGAAUUUAUCGUGACCGUUCUGGAUCUAUUCGGCAAAUCGAUCGAAAGCUUCACGAUGAUACGUGGAUGCUCGGCAGCGCAGUUUAAGGACUUUGUGGUUAGGAUGCCUGGUUUGAAGCAUGUUACAGCUUAUGUUACCGAGCCGGACAAGCGUCCAGUCGAAUCGUUGGUAUUUCCAGUUUUAGGCAAGUUGAGGGAAGUGGACCUGGAGAUUAACAAUGAUGAUGUGUUGGAGAGUGGGCAACUCGAUGUGCUAGGAAUGGCCCCGAAUGUGACGCAAUUAGGCAUAACAUUCGACAAGUGCGACGAACCUGUACAAGUGAUCGACCUGUUGGAAGUCUGUGCGGAACAGUUGACGUCGUUGGAUCUUUUCGUCCCGCAUGAUCGUAUUCCAAUUGAUGAGCUACAGUUGGGGAAAUUGGAAGUCCUAAAACUACGAGGGCGUGCAUUUAGCUAUGAUAACAAUAAGUUGUAUCUACUGUUCAAAGGAUUACCUGCGUUGAAAGAAGUUCAUUUAGAUUUUGUCGUUACGGAGUCUGCACUGAGGAUCGUGUGUAGUAACUGCCCUAAGCUAGAAAAGCUUGACAUAAAAACAGACAUUUUGCAAGAGAAAUCAUUCAAGUGUUUGGAAACUUUGUCCAAUCUUCAGGUUUUAAUUGUGAACUUCAUCAAUACAAACAUGAUUGUUGGUUGUAAACCGUUAACGAGUAUUAAAGAAAUGCAAAUACAUGUGGACGACACUUAUCUGAACAACCAUGACUACGCAGAGCAGAUGUACAGGGUGUUCCCAAAUGUUCGGAGCAUGAAGAUAUUCUUCCGGGGAUUUCGUACCAAAAUUAUUGACGAAGUGUUUGUUCGCCAAAUAUGCCGGACGUUCGUCAAUUUGAGGAAGCUCACCGUCAGCGGAGAAUAUUGUCUGUAUGCAACCGUUCGUGGGUUCGACAGUCCCAACGAUCUCGGGAACGUGGAGGAGUUCAUUUUUAUCAAGACUGGUUUUUCCAUUGGACCAUCAUCGUACACAAAUCGAAUCAAGCGUUUGAUAUUCGAUCAUGUGAAUGCAAUCGACAUCGAUGUUUACUCCAUCGAUAAAUUCUUCCCCAAACUGCAGUACCUAGAAUUCGUAAGUUGUAAAGAGAUUAAACCGGAUGUUAUAGUUAAGUUACGUGAAACUUUCCCUAGGUAUGUCAUUCAUUAUGUUCACCUGGAGAGAAGAUGGAUGUAUUAGUGACCACAUAUUGGAAAAUAAACGCUACCCCCUGAGGAGAGUUUGUUCUACUCAGGGGAGGAAUUGUCCGAUUAGGAAA